AUGGCCAAUCGAAAACGAGGAACAUAUUUUCUACCACAGGAAUUGCAGACAAAUGAAAGAUUGUCAACAAAGAAGGAACUAGCACAACGAAAGAGUAUACCCCUAUGUCCUCCUGUCCCCUAUAAGAUGAGAAAAAGUGUACUAGCUAAUCAUGGCGUUUUUGAUAAACCAAAGCCUUUAUGUUUUACUAACUCUGUCGCACUCAGCCCCAUUUACAACCCCACCCUGGAGCGGUCGUACUUCGAGCAGACGUUCGCCAGGCAUGCGCUGAUCGGCGAGGGCAGCUUCGGGCAGGUGUACCGCGCACGCAGCUUGGAGGACGGGCAGUUGUACGCGAUCAAGCGGCUCAAGUCUGUCAUCAGCUUCAAGGACCGCUACGCAGAGAUUCGCAACAACGAAAAAGUCGGCGUCCAUCCCAACUGCGUUAGAUUCUUCAUGGCCUGGGAGGAGGGCUAUGAAGUGUACAUGCUGCUAGAGUACUGCCAGCUCAGCCUCUCGGACUUCUCCGUGCUGAACAACGACAUUCCCGAGGACCUGCUCUGGGGCGUGCUCUACGACAUCUGCAAGGCUUUGCACUAUCUGCACGGGAAGAAUCUGCUGCAUUUGGACGUCAAACCGGGGAAUAUCAUGAUGAAGAACGGACAUUUCAAGUUGGCGGACUUCGGGAUUCUGGUCGAUUUGAAACUGGCUCCUCUAGUGUGCAAAUCGACGUUGUCUGACGGCGAUUCGAAGUACCUGGCCCUGGAGGUGCUCGAGGGGAUCUACCAGCCGUCCUGCGAUAUCUUCGGGCUGGGCAUCAGCCUGCUGGAGUUGGCCGCCGAUCUGGAGCUGCCCAGCCACGGGCCGCUGUGGCAGCAGCUGCGCCACGAGAUUCUACCUCAGCGGUUCUACGACAGAGUAUCUCUCGGAUUCAAGGUCGUGAUCGAGAGGAUGCUCAAACCCGAAUAUACCAGUAGACCUUCAGCGGAAAAAAUUCUAAAGUACAGCUCUUUGAAAGCCAUUGAGAAGAGGGACAAGAAGUCUACACGCGUAGACUAUGCUGCCGACUUCAGUGACAAUGAUUUUGAUAUUCCCAUAGAGGAAGGUGAUCUCCCGAUAAUGGUGAACAACAACAAUAUCAUCGAGACGCCACAUUGUGUUCGAUCAAUAAGCCAUAUCUCAAAUUAUGACAUUCCAUACAGGUCCAUCAGGCCGCACCUCGACAACGACGACCUUCCCCCCCACCACCCGCACCCGGCCGCCGGCCUCCUCAACCGCAAGAUCCUCUUCCCCGCCGCCAAACACCUCCUCCUCCGCCGCCGCCGGCCCAAGGCGUCGCAGUUCGAUUCGGCGUACGAGUCGGCCGACAAGUCGGAGAGGAGCGCGAUGAGCCUCGACGAGGAGGAGGAGGAGGGGGAGGAGAAUCGGGAGGAGGAGGAGGCGGAGGAAGACGAGGAGGAGGAAGGGGAGCACAGCGUGCUGGCUGUGCACCUGGGCGACUCCUACCGCUCGUCGGACUCCUCGUUCUCGGACGAUAUGGAGACAGAGACGGACGGAGGAGGCAGCGGCGCGGACGCGUCCGGCUGUUUCGUCAUCGACGACGACGACAUCAUCACGUCGACGCCUUUGUCCAGGUGCAAGCUGAGGAAGGAUAUGCCGAAGACGAAAUUGAGCUUCGAGUGAAAUCGGAGCGCCGUUUUUUUUUAGUCUUUCCGUUUCCUGA